AUGCAGCACAACACAACCCAUCGCGGUGCUGAGGUGGCGUCGUCCGCUGGUGCUCUGGGAGACCUUGCUGCUGGCAGUCAAGAAGCGUCGUCCCCUCGUAUCCCCAGCGAGCCACACGAGAACCCAAUAACUCCUGCCCAACAGCGCCAGCGACGGACGCUCCCUCGCCGACAAGACUCCGUAACACCCCAACAAGAGGACAGAUCACCCACUCCGUCUUCCCACCGAACCGUCCGUCGAACACCCAGAUUCACGGCUAGCCCCCGCCCCAGCCUUCGCCCUUCUGAGACACCGCGCCGGGUCCACCUUGAGGCCGCCACCGUCGGCAUCAGCCCACGACCCCUCUUCUCAACAGCCCCCGGACAACCUGGACCGGCCGAGCAAGUCUUUCAAUCUUUCCGCCGGCAGCUCUCCGAGGAGCUGAGUGACGACCCCGAAGACGAGUCGGCUGUUCUACCGUCGUCGGUCAGCCUCAACCAGGGAAACCCUCCCUCGACAAAGCGCCAGCCACAUCCGAUCGUCCGGCUUUCCAAGCAUACCAAGAGUGCUAUUCUCUGGGCCCUCGAGGAAGCACUUCGACAGCCGCACCCCUUCUCUCCGGAUCUGGUGGAGGAGAACGCUUCAAUGGCGGAUCUUCUCACAGGCGGCAGCGCCCCUGCCACGUCCAAUGGCCAUGCCGCAUCAUCCUCCCGGCCGACGGCACCUCCUGCCCAGACUGGAUCUCCUCAGCAAGUCAUUCGCGGCCCUCGCAUGAUCAUGCGAGAGCGGGCAGAGCGAGAGGCCCGGCAACGGGCAGAACCUCGGCUACUUGAGGAGACACAAGGUCGAGCGGCAGAACAGAGACCGCCCGUUGCUGGCGCUGUUUCAGCCGGCGAUAUCCCCACAGACCCGGCAACCCAGCGCCGGCAACAACGUGCGCAGGAAGCCCAAUCAUCUUCCCGGCCAUCGAUCGCCGUGCCACCUUUGCGUCCAACCCGGGUCCCAGCUUCAGCCCAGCCGCCGCAAAACGCGGCUCCCGCGCCUCAGCCCGGAAUUAACCCCUCGGCGCCGCCACAGUCAGGCGAGCCGUCUGGCCAACCCUCUGCUGCUUCCCGUAUCAAGAACACAUUUCCCCAUGCCUUCGAACGCUGGGAGGCUCUCUCCGCCCAUUGGGAGGGCAUGACGAGCUUCUGGCUGCGGAGACUGCAAGAAAACACCGACGAGGCGGAGCGCAACCCGAUAAGCACACAACUCUCCCGGCAGGUGGCUGAUCUCUCAGCUGCCGGCGCCAAUCUUUUCCAUGCUGUUGUCGAACUGCAGCGGCUCCGCGCCAGCUCCGAGCGCAAAUUUCAGAGGUGGUUUUUCGAAACCCGUGCAGAAUUGGAGCGGCACCAGGAGGUCAAUGCGAUGCUGGAAGCUCAGAUGGAGCAGGAGCGCCAAGCGAGAGCCGAGGCCGUUCGAAAUGCGGCACAGCACGAAGCCGAAAAUCUCAAGCUUCAGAAGCUCGUCACUGAGAUGCGGCGAGAACUGCUCAUCUCCAAGGAGGAAGCGCGCCGCGCCUGGGAGGAGCUUGGCCGUCGUGAGCAAGAAGAGCGGGACCGUACUGUUUCGCUCCAACAAGGGCAUCCGACCCUCGUUGGCGGAGUGCAAGUCGUGCCCAUGACGCAGACCAUACCGGGCCGCACAACCGCAAGUCGGCAUGGUCGAUCGCACAGCCAUGCAGCCGAUACUUCGGAGUACGUCGCUGCCGCCCAAGGAAAUCAGUACCCGGCGUAUGCAUCUGCGCCUGCACCCGCGGCGCCGCCGACGCCAACCUCAGCUGGGGACCCCGGCGCAAGGUACUACCAACAGCCCGGGGCCGCCGGUCCUGAUGCCGGAGCCGAAUACGGCGCGGGAUCCGACACGGGGUACAGCGAGGGUGAAUACAUGAUGGAUGCGAGAGGGAAUUAUUUGAGAGACGAGAACGGGAACAGGAUUCCUUUCCACAGCCCCGCCGCGUCGCCAAGUCGGGGGCGAAGGUCGGACGCCGGGACGGAGGAUUUUGAAACUCCGGCCUCCCAGGCGCCCACGAGCUAUCCCCCGUCUAGCUCACACUGGGCUGGCGAGUACUCCGGCCAGGGGUUCGCUGCGCCUGGGUGGGAGACGAUGCCCCGGCACCACCACCCUACUCGGCUGAGCGAUGUCAUUGAGGAGGACGAGCGGAGUAGAACCUCGGUGAGCCAAGUGAGCCGCGCGUGA